UUCCGUUUUGGGGGCAGCGUUUCGAAGCGUUGUUUGGCAUAGCUCGUACAAAUGACACAACGAAAAGGACGACGGGGAGGAGUCGCCGUAGCCAUAAGUUAUUUCUAUAAUGUCGAAAUUCCGGGAGCAGUCGAUCGACGGCACGAGCCUCCCGCUGCUGACCGAGGACCACCUGACCGUCUACAUGGGCAUGCGGCUGGGGCCGGCGCUCAAGCUGCGCACCACGCUAGCCAAGCUGACGGGCCGCUGCACCGUGUGCAUGCACUGCAUCCACUGCCACGGCGAGGAGAACGACCGGCGCUCGACGUUCUCGGCGUCGCCGGCCUCUUCCUCGACGCCGACCGCCCCCGCCGCGUCGGCGGCCGCUUCUUCGGCGGGCUCCGCCGCCGCGCCGCCCCCGGCACCGGGCACCCCCAUCGGGGCGAGUACGCCCCCCGCUCCCCCGUCCGCGACGCCACCCAGGGCGUCGCCAGCGCCCGCUCACUCGCCGGCGUCGAGCAAGUGAGCUCGCGUGUCGACUCCGCAAGCACGGUCGCGCACGCUGCGAUUGGAAGAGACCCUUGCUCACCACAUGCCCCGAAAGGAAAGGAAGGAACGCAUGCCCGUGCUCAAGGACCCCGAAAGCACAUCCGUGCUCGUUGUGUGUGUGUCUGUGCGCGCGUGUAAAAAUGCCGCUCGAGCGAACGCGCCACCGUCGUCGCCCUCCUGCCCAGAAGUGAGACACGCGUUUGUCUCUCUCGCAGCGCAGCGUCCCACACGCGAAGUCAAAAGCACGGACUCUUUUAUCUUCUCCUCUGUCUCGCCCGAAAGCGAGGGGAAAAAAACCAUCUCCUCAAACAAAGAUGGCAGUGGUAGCGCCGUCAGAACUGCUGGAGAGUCGUCCGCUGUGCGCGCCAACCAACUCCUUUUUCGUCUCCUGGCCACCGUCGCUUGCGAAGACCGCAGAAGUCAAACGACGGCGACCUCGUGAACCGCUCCUCUUGUUGACGCUACCCCCGUGAAUGUGCGGUGCGCGCCCUGCCCCGGACGAACUCUCUCCUGGACGGCCACCUCGGUGUCGGUGAACGCCUCACAACGAGCCAACGUCGACGGCGACCUCCUCCGCCCCACAGCGGACUCCUUCGCGACAAAGAAGUUGAACUGUGUGUCGGCGGACAGACGGACAGUGAAACUGGCGUCGCAUUUCCGGCGUGUCGCAGAAGGGACACGAACUGUGCCGUUCAUGCUCCACCGCGGACUCGAAGUGCAUGGGUCUUUUUCUUUUUUUGGCAGAUUGAUGUCCCGCGCUCGUGCACGCUAGACCCGGUCGGUGCGCGCACAUUCGAACCGUUCUCGCGAUGCCGCGCCGAGUGCAUACAUGUCACGAGCCCUUCUCGUCUCCUCUUUACCGUCCUGGUACGCAGAGACCGGAGACGAUCCGUGACGGUUGGCGAAAGCGCUCGCGUCGCUCAAUUGCUUUAUUUCUUUUUGUGGCUGGCCGAAGCGACGGCCCAAUAAUUUAUUCAACCCGAUCUCGGAGUUAGGAAAGUUUAUCUCUCACUCACUCUGCACUCUCUGUCCCCCCUAUGGAUAUACGCGUCCUAAGCAGUGCGCAAAGAGUCUGCUCCCGCGAGGCGAAAAGGGGACAGAGACACAAUUCCGCAACCUUCCCCGUAUCCAUUUGUCCUCCUGUCAGGUCGGUGUGUCAACUUCAUUGUGUGUGUUUUUUUUUUCAUCUAACGCUCAACGCUGACCGUUUCUCCUGUCCAGGUGUGUCGAGUACGCGCUUGUCUCGCGGUCGCGCGGAAGCCGAGGUUGACACACACACACACACUGAUGCACGCGGGCGAUUCUCUGCGACAUCUAACGACAGGGCGAUGUAGACGUGUAGCACGGUCGUGACAUCCUGACAGGGGACGCAAAGACGGCAUACAAUAUACAGGAAGCUUUAUCGUCAGUCACGGCACGGGGUCUUGAAAGAGUUGCACGACCCCCGCAUGAGCGGAGAACGGAUCCCCGUCAUGACGACAAGAAGUAAUAAUGACAAUAAUAAUAAUAAUAAUAUUGAAGAUGGCGACGAUAUGAUCGCGUACGUUGUGCUGCUCUGUAAGGAGUGAGUGAUGAAGGCAUCAUCACGCUGUGAUUGCGAUAUCUUCGGGAGGCCUGGCGUUACGCGUACGCUACCGCAAGUAGCGGCCCGGCCUGUCGCCUCACAAUUCAUUCCAUGAAGAAAAAAAAAAAAAUCUCGUUAGUUCUUUUCUCUUCGGUUGCUUGUUUAUUUUCUUCUUUCUCGCAUUCUUUUAUUUUUUACUCUGUUUGGGUUCUACCUUCGUUUGUGAGUCAAGGGUGUUUAAUGUGUCUCGCCUGUCACGUGUAUUACUCAUUCAUGCGUAUGGUUGUCAGCCACACACACCUUUUCACUGCAUGCGGUCGGAAACCCCUCGUUGUAAGAGAGAGAAAGAAAAAAAAUGUCCUCACAUUCUUUCUCGUCGCACUGUUUCCCAAGCGAUGUGCAAGUGGCUGUUUCCGGCGAACUUUUGAAAGAGCUCAUGGCUAUACGAUGUUGACAGCGGCGGGAACGGCCCGGCCGUGAUUCUCGACAGAACCAUAUUUCAUCCGCAUGAUCUGUUUCAUCUUAUGCGAACUGUUAAGGUGUGACGAAGCUUAUACCAUUAGCGGAUUGUGUGUGCGUGUGAGCUCCGCCUAUCACCCGUCCUUUCUCCAUCAGAGCUGUGUGUUCUCAGAAAUAUCUUCUUUGAUUUCGUUUUCAUUUUUUGAAUGGUUCUUGUUCGCGUUUGGUGAUCUCAUUCUAGUCAUAACCGAUGCUGAAAUGACAUAUGUGAAUUUGUUUUGCGAAGCAAACGAGUGCUACUUUUUUUAUAUGUGUGUGGCGAAUCGAAGUUUAUGCUUCUUAUUUUUCAUGCAAAAAAAAAAAAAGGCUAGAACAUUCUACGCGCGUACCUUUUCAGUGUGGGGUCAGAAAAAAAAGAGAGUUUGUGUGCUUAACUGUGUCUGUUUAUUUUACCUUUUGUGUAUUCGGCAAAAUCUCGUGGUUUCAUAGUUUCUCAAGUCGUGCGAUUUGACUGCCGAGUCAACUGGCGCUCUAAUAAACGGCAAAGGAUAAAAGAAGGCAGCCGCCUCCUGACUAAUGAAGCAGUGAAAGUUUACAUGGAACCUAUACGUCGAGUUCUGACCACACUUUGCAUGGUUGUGAUGAAUGGCAUCGCGGCUAAUAUAUACGCUCAUGUAUUUAUGCCUUGCCAAAUACUGUUUCCUCCUCCUAGUUUUCUUGGUUCGAAUUACUCCGUUUGCCAAAAUUAUCGGCUCGCUGCGUUACCGACAGUAACUGCCUUCAGUAUUAAAAAAAUAUAAAGCAGACUGCCAAUUUCGCUCAAUUACAUUUUCGGAAACUAGACACCAUGGGUGCGAAAUAAUGAUGCACAGAUGAGACUUUUACAUACAGGUGCAUUUCGAAUCCCAGGGCGAAAGGGAAUAACAGUCCUUUGGCAAGAAAAUUCACGUUAUGCCUAAACUCAGCAACUUUGAACAGAAGUUACGAAAACAAUGGGGAGAUUCCUGCACUUCUUCAAAACGUUCGAUUGUGAAACAUCAAGAUCUCAGUGCCAGAUUAAAUAUCGCUCUAUCAAAAUGGUGUCCCGCGAAACAAAUUACAGCAUUGCCCGACUGAAGAGGCAAACUCCGCGGCAUUCAUUAGAGCUGAUUCUUCCACUGCUUCCGGCGCUGUAGUUUGGCCCACGAGUCGAAACAUCGAGCGAAAAAAAUUACCCUCAAACACUAACUCGGAGUUUGCUGGAACCGUGCGGAAAUCUUUAAUUGGAGGCAAGCUCAGCAUCCCGGCCAUGAGAACCACUGUUCAUUGUGUCAUCACUCUGUGUUGUGGGCAGCGCCCAGUAUUGAUUGCGGUGGUUUUCCUCGCGAGACAGAUUCUGUUGUUCCUUCAGUGAUAACGUGUGUCUGUGUGCGUGUGCUGUUGCUUUUACAACACAUUUGAAAAUGUUUUUUCUAUUUUUUUUCUUGGCCGCGGUUUCAGGUUGAGUCCGCUGUGCCGAGCGGUAUUUGUUUUCCGCCUGCGGGAUUUGCCUUUCCUCUGUUCUCACUUUGCAUAUUCUUCUCCUCCUCUCUUUUUCUGUUUUGCGAAAGGAAGCAAAGAAGCCAUUUCGGGGUUUAUGUGUUCUGAGCGCGCUAAAGUGAGUUAUGUGUCGGCGCCCCGAAAUGAAAGAUGGAAGUUUUUAAUAUAUUUGAGUACCUCUAUUUAAAAGAAAAAAAGAAAGGAAGAUGACCCGGAUGUAGGUUUCAUUGCGGAACAUUGUACAUACCGAUGUAUAUUGCAUGUAAAAUCAAGGUUCGAGAGAUAAAAACGUCGUCUACCCGUGA